AUGGAGAUUUACCCUGGUACCCAACCACAGAACAGCCCAUUUGAACAGUCAAAUAGACCUAAGGACGUUGUUUUACGACUUAUAAGCCAUCUUGAAAAUUCCGGCAGGAACAUCACAGCAGACAACUGGUUCUCAAGUGUGCCAUUGGUGAGGGAACUCCUAGAAAGAGGCAUUACUUACGUAGGAACACUACGCAAGAACAAAAGAGAACUACCACCAGAACUUCUUUCUAAGAAACGAAUUGCCCAUUCGAGUAUCUUUGCUUUUCGUGAUGACAUGACUGUAGUUUCAUAUGCACCAAAAAGAAACCGCUGUGUUGUUCUCGUAUCAUCAAUGCAUUUUGAUGCUGCUAUCGACCCUGACACAUUAGACAAGUCUAAACCAGACAUAAUUACUUUCUACAACUCUACCAAGUCUGGGGUUGAUGUUGUAGAUGAAAAAUGUGGUACUUAUUCCACUUGCCAAAGGUGGCCCCUUGUUUUAUUUUACCACUUACUUGACAUCGCAGGCAUCAAUGGACAAGUUAUUUUCUUGAGCAACUGUCAAGAAGAAAAAGUAAUGGAAAGAAGGAAGUUUCUGAGGGAAGUCGGCUUAGAGAUGAUAAAGCCUCAUGUGGCGAAAAGAGCAACUGUUUCUUCGCACCGGUUGUAG